CUCGUUUAGUUGUGAGAGCUUCUCAAAGGAAUCGAACGACGACGUUGAACGGUCUCAGACUCUCAGCCAAUUGAGCCAAUCAAUCCAGCAGGACGAACAAAGUUUGAUCACAGAACAAGGACGAGACGAUAAUGACGGACGCUUGCAUCCGAGGUGUCGUGGAAGCCAUCCACUCAAGUCCCACUCAGGCCGUUCUCUAUCUCUCCGGUGGAGCCUCUCAGGCUCUAGGGUGGCUACUAUCGGUGCCUGGAGCUUCAAAGACGGUCCUUGAAGCCGUGGUCCCUUAUUCUAGAAUGUCCAUGAUCCAAUUACUCGGCAAGAUUCCGGCCCAGCUUUGUGGACGACAAACCGCAGAGGAAAUGGCUUUGUCGGCUUAUAAUCGGGCGCUCAAGCUCUCUACCCCAGGUUCUCCAGUUCUUGGUGUGGGUUUUACUGGUUCUUUGGCUAGCACACACCCUAAACGUGGGGACCACAGGUUUUACUUGUCAACAAGGACAUCUGACCGGCUUUGGGUAUCUACAGUUACACUGUCAAAGGGUUUGCGAACAAGAGAGCAAGAAGACAGGGUUUCAAGUCAUCUUUUACUUCAGGAAAUUGCAAAUGCAUGCAUGGUUCCAGCAACAUUUGAUUCAGGCUUGACAGAAUCCGAAGUAUCUGAUGGAUGUGGAAAGCAAUUCAAUGAAGAUCAAGAAUUAGAGCAACUUAUAAAUGGGCAAAUAUGCUUUAAGAUUUAUCCAUUUUCAAGUGGCACAGAUAUGUCAAGUGCUGAAAGGAAGAUAAUUCUCUCUGGUUCUUUUAAUCCAUUACAUGAUGGUCACCUCAAGCUCUUGGAAGUUGCUGCUAGCAUUUGUGGUGACGGGUAUCCGUGCUUCGAAAUAUCAGCAGUUAAUGCAGACAAACCUCCACUAUCAGUAUCAGAAGUUAAAGAUCGUGUCAAGCAAUUUGAAAAAGUUGGGAAGACAGUAAUUAUCUCCAAUCAGCCUUAUUUUUAUAAGAAAGCUGAACUUUUUCCAGGCAGUUGUUUUGUAAUUGGUGCUGAUACAGCAGUGAGGCUAAUUAAUCCCAAAUACUAUGAUGGGGACUAUAAGAAGAUGAUGGAGAUACUCAUUGGAUGUAAAAAUACAGGAUGCACUUUCCUUGUGGGUGGUCGUAAUGUAGAUGGUGCUUUCAAGGUUCUUGAAGAUUUUGACAUUCCAGAGGAGUUAAGAGACAUGUUUAUACCAAUUCCAGCAGAGAGAUUCCGCAUGGAUAUAUCUUCCACUGAAAUAAGGAAAAAUCUUGGAAUUUAAAUCUUUUACUCUUGACUACAACUUUCAGGCACGAAUGAGCUUCGAUGUUGAAAAGGAUGAUUAUAUCUGUGCACGGUAUGCUUACAAUUUAUAUACGCACAUAAAUAGAUGAGUCAGACCAUAACUUCAGCGUCAGAGAGAAAAAAAUGUAUAUAUCCAAUACAUUGUCCUCUAGUGAACAUAUUCAUCCAAAAAUUGUCCUCUACUGAACAUAUCAGGAUGAGAAGAAUGACCUGGGAUUUUCUUCUGAUAUAUUUCUGAUUCAAUGAAUGAUCUAAAUUGGAGUGA